AGGGAAGCAGGAGGCAGCCAUGAUGGGCACCUUGCAAGAGAAGAACAGAGCCCGUAGUGAGGCCAGUGGGCAGUGUGUCAGCAUUUUGGUGAACCCGGAUUCCUGGAUGUAUAAGAGUUGGGACAUCUACCCUGCUCUGCAUGCACUAUGCACAAAGAGGUAAUUUAACCCUGUAGACCUGUAGUUGAGCAGACCUUUCUCCAUCACCAUCACCCCAUUUUCCAUGUACUGUUAAAUACCGUAUUUUUCGCUCCAUAAGACGCACCUGACCAUAAGAUGCACCUAGUUUUUAGAGCAGGAAAACAAGAAAAAAUAUAUUCUGAACCACAGCUUGGGAGGCUUUCCUUCUCCUCACUUUUUUCUCCCCCCCCCCCAAGCAGCGCAGUCCCCUUUUCCAGCCUCCUCCUCUCCAUCCCUUUCGCCCAAACUCCUCAGGCGACGCCUGCAAUUUCUCCCCUUCGCUGCUGCCUCUCCUUUGCCCUCUACCAUGACUCUCCACUCACGGCAACCUACCCCCUCUCCCUUCACCCAGCUUCUUGGUCCCCCUCCUCUCCGUCCUCUUCCUCCCCUCUCUUGGCAAACAACCUGCCGGCUGCUCCCAAACCUUCCCGGGGCUUCAGGGGAAAGGGGAGGCUGCCGGUAGAGCGGCGUGACUCCCCCACCCCCAAAGAGCAGCCCAGGGGCAUGGGGCAAUGGCGAACAGCCUGCCCACUGCUCCCAAACCUUCCCGGGGCUUCAGGGGAAAGGGGAGGCUGCUGGCAACCCGGGAGGGCGGGGUAACGGCGCGCGCCACACUCGGGCGAUUUGGCUCCAGGGACCACACAUUCACUCCAUAAGACACACAGACAUUUCCCCUUACUUUUUAAGAGGAAAAAUGUGCGUCUUAUGGAGCGAAAAAUACGGUAGAUGUAUACUCAGAACUAAGCCUCGUAGAUUUCAACAGGGUUCAUUCUCAAAUAAUUGGGUGCUUCCCUGGGAAGAGGGAUUGGCUGUUAAACCACUCUAAGAAAUGUAGCUCUGGAAAAGGUGCGGUUGGGUGCAUAACCUCCAACAUUUCUCUGAUGAAAAUCAGGAUGUCCUAUCCCAUAAUAAUAAUAAUAAUAAUUGUACCAUUUAUACCCUGCCUAUCUGACUGGGUUGCCCCAGCCACUCUGGGCAGCUUCCAACAUAUUUAUAAAAGCAUCAUAAAGCAUUAAACAUUUAAAAAAAACCUUCCCUAUACAGGGCUACCUUCAGAUGGCUGGGGUCGCCACAUAACUCCAUACCGUCCAACAUUUCUCUGACGGAAAUAGGGAUCUCCUAGGGAAAAUCAGGGCAUUCUGGGAUCAAAUCAGAAACUGGGAUGGCUUCUGUGAAUUUGGGACGGUCCCUGGAAAAUAUUAACACUUGGAGAGUAUGGAAAUUUAGCUGUUUUACUCUGUGCACAUGUGUAUUUGUAUAAAUGCAAACAGUGACAUAGUUUUUAGACUCCAGAAUUCACUAAGGGCCCUAUUUAAUUGAGCAUUCACCCUGAUUUGCUUGCACCAAGCUUACAUUGGAGGUUAGGUUAUAUUUGCUCUCAAUUGAGCUUUCGUCCUGAUUUGCGUGCAGGGCAGUUACACAACAACAUUUAUCUGCAUUCAUUCUGAUUUGCUUGCUGGUUGUUUACGCAUCUUCCCACCAGCCAUUCCUCCGUCCCAGUCUUUUCAUGACAUUUCUUCCCCCUGUGCCCUGUUACUUUCUAAACCACAAAAAGUUAAAGUUGUCUUUUUUUAAAAAAAGGUAGAUUUAUUAUACUAGGCGCAGUGGUUCUCAACCUGUGGGUCCCCAGAUGUUGUUGGACUACAACUCCCAUCAUCCCUGAGCUCUGGCCUUGCUAGCUAGGGGUGAUGGGAGUUGUAGUUCAACAACACCUGGGGACCCACAGGUUGAGAAAGGCUGUAAACUGCUUGAAUCCCUCUUGCAAAACAGUGACAGUACAGAGGCUCCUUUUAAGGUUUUAUAGGAACUCCCCUCCCCACUCCUGAGAUGGAACUGUGUAUUACUUUAGGAAUUGGGGCACCCUCCUGCUCACUUUAAGGGACGCGGGUGGCGCUGUGGGUAAAACCUCAGCGCCUAGGACUUGCCGAUCGUAUGGUUGGCGGUUCAAAUCCCCGCGGCGGGGUGAGCUCCCGUCGUUCGGUCCCAGCUCCUGCCCACCUAGCAGUUCGAAAGCACCCUUAAGUGCAAGUAGAUAAAUAGAUACCGCUUCAUAGCGGGAAGGUAAACGGCAUUUCCGUGUGCUGCGCUGGUGCUGGCUCGCCAGAGCAGCUUCAUCACGCUGGCCACGUGACCUGGAAGUGUCUCCGGACAGCGCUGGCCCCCGGCCUCUUAAGCGAGAUGGGCACGCAACCCCAGAGUCGGAUAUGACUGGCCCGUACGGGCAGGGGUACCUUUACCUGCUCACUUUGCUGUGGGUGGGUGCGCUCUGGACUUCUGCCCCCCAAAUCCUGCCCCGACACUUCCCAUUUAGGUCACACCAGCUUGUUCCUGGGGUUCUUGCAACCCAAAGCACACACAGCAGCUUGUCUCUUCCCCGCCACAGCCAUUACAGUCACUACCACAUGUUUCCACUGGGUGGCUCUCCAAACUGAGAAUGCUUUUGCUUUGCUUUGCUCUGGCUCCCAGAUGGGUUGCUUGGCUGGCUAGCAGGCCUGGGCGCCAUCUGGUUUUCAGCAUUGUGAUAUAUAUCACCAGCUAAACAUUGUGAUUUAUCACGGCGUCUGAAAUAAGGAUGGAGCUAUGUAGAGGCACUGGCUGGCUAGCAGGCCUGUCUGGUUUUCAGCAUUGUGAUAUGUAUAUCAUCAGCUAAACAUUAAAAAAAAAUAAAAAAAUUGUCCUGUAGCACCUUAGAGACCAACUAAGGUAUCUGAGAAGGGACGCGGGUGGCGCUGUGGGUUAAACCACAGAGCCUCUUGGGCUUGCUGAUCAGAAGGUUGGUGGUUCGAAACCCUGCGAUGGGGUGAGCUCCCAUUGCUCAGUCCCUGCUCCUGCCAACCUAGCAGUUCGAAAGCACAUCAAAGUGCAAGUAGAUAAAUAGGUACCACUCCGGCAGGAAGGUAAAUGGCGUUUCUGUGUGCUGGUCUGGUUCACCAGAAAGCAGCUUAGUCAUGCUGGCCACAUGACCCGGAAGCUGUACGUCGGCUCCCUCGGCCAAUAAAGCGAGAUGAGCGCUGCAACCCCAGAGUCGUCCGCGACUGGACAUUAACGUCAGGGGCCCCUUUACCUUUAAGAUAUCUGAAGAAGUGUGCAUGCACAUGAAACUUAUACCCAGAACAAAUUUAGUUGGCCUCUAAGGUGCUACUGGGCAAUUUUUUAAUUUAUUUCGACUGCGUCAGACCAACACGGAUACCUACCUCCAGCUAAACAUUGUGAUUUAUCAUGGCGUCUGAAAUAAGGAUGGUGCUAUGUAGAGGCACUGGCCGGCUUCACAGUUUUCCCCACCUUGUGAUUUUUGCCUAGUACACACACACACACACACACACAUCAUGAUUUGUGAUAUAUUGCCAGGUCACAAAAAUUAUGAACCCAGUAUCACGAAAUAGACUUCAAACUGGUUUGGGAUGAUACAUCGCCCAGCCCUAACAGACAUCACAAUUUGCGAUAUUUUGCCAGGUCAUGAAUUAGGAAACCGAUACCACGAUGUGGACUUCAAACCCAGUUUGGACGAUAUAUCGAUAUAUUCGCCCAGCCCUACUGGCUAGACAGAGCCGUGUAGUCUCAUGUUCCUACGCCACCUCCACUGUAUUGCUAGCAAGCAGACGGAGAAUGGAUUGUUUGCUUUGGCCUCAAGAGGGCUUUGGAGAAGGCUGAGAUGAAUUCGAGGAGGAAAAGUCCAUCAAUGGCUAAUAGACAAAGCAGCCCCAAAUGCAGCCUCCAUGUGCAGAUACAGCUUACCCUUAAUUAACAUUUAUACUGGGGACUAAUGACAACAAAAGGUAGCUAUCCUGCACAUACAGGCUUUGCAGAGGCAUCUUUCUAGCCACUAUUAGAAGCAAGACUAGAUGGACUUUUGUUCAGAUCUUGAAAUGUGAUUCUUACAUUCUUAAGCAAGAGUUCACAUGCAGGAUCAUAUUAGCUGUGCUAGAAUAUGCCCUGUUGCUUUGUAAGUUUAAAUACUAGAAUAUAGGAGGUAUAGCAUUCUUCUUCAGCCUGAGCCUAAUUUAGAAGACCACUUGUUGCAUCCAAACAAAGUGGAAUGUCUAACGGACAAAAGAUUUGGCCACAAAAUAUGUUUCACUAGCCUAAAAGGUGCCAUCCGACUCAUUGCUGUCUGUUCCUUUUCUGUUUGUUAGUUAGAACAAGUUCUCAGAUUUAACAACAAAUGGAAACUUUCUGGAAUCCAGAAGAUCCACUACAACUCUCUAGAAAAGAUAGUGGGAGGAUAUGGUACAAUCCCCGGCAAGCUGAUUUGGCCAAACAGCCUGACAACAACUCCUGAAGGUGACUUGGCCGUGAAAGACAGUGGAACUGGGCAGAUCCAGAUCUUUAGUGCAGAUGGUCAGGUUAAGCAAAGGUUCCCUUAUGGAUUCGAACCAAUUAAAGGGCUGGGGGACAUUACCUGCAUGAAAAAUGGCGUGCUUCUCGUUACCAACGGGACCAGAAUCAUCCAGCUUUUCAGCAAAGAUGGGGAGCUGAUCCACGAGCUGAAGUCUCCGAAAAUCAACUGGCCUUAUUCAUAUGGGAUAGCCGUCUUGAAAGCGAACAAAAUUGCAGUGACAGACUGGAGUGACGGAGGGAAAAUUAACAUCAUUGGAGUGGACUGGAGAAUGAACGCCGUUCUGAAGACAAGUUCCAUAGAAGGGUUUCAUAGGCCGGUGCGGGUGGUGGCCAAUAAGGUACAGUAUGAGACCCCAGAAGGGCCAAAUAUCUGCUGAUUGGUUGGUAGCACAAAAUGCUUCAAGCCUCUAGCAUAGGUUUAGACAGUGAAGUGGGCAGCAACUAGAGAAAUGGGAACAUUUGGGCCUUUGGAAAGGAAGGCAGCAGGAGGACCUCCUUCUGUUUACUCCUCUUGGCACCCUUGUAAAGGACUGUUUGAGCAUCCCAGCUGCUCAGGGUUCCAUGCAACCUUACCUGUAGCACCUGGUUGAGUGUCAGAGGGCUGGAUGGAUUUUUGCACUGAUCGGGCCAGCAAGGCAACUGAGAGAGAAAAGGAGUACGCAGCUUGUGGUUUGUGAAAGAUGCAGGCAGAAACCAGAACGUAUCUCAACAAGAUGUACGUGCUGAGCUUUGGUUUCAAUUGAUGUCUUUUGAUCGGCGCAAAGUUAAUCAAAUUGAUAGGUUGCUUCACACUGGAGCAAUGUACACAUUAAAAAAAACCCCACAGAAACACAAUAUCUAACAACAAUAAAGUCGAGUCAACCAACUCUAAAACAACAACAUAUGCACCCUAAAAACAAUGGAACCAUUUCAUCAGAUAUAAAAUUGACUGGCCUCAGGAAAGGCCUUCGGUUGGGGGAUUCCCCCCACCCCACAUAUUAUCCAUGUUGAGUGCCCAUGAGCCCAAGUGGGGAAUAUGUUUCACUUGAUGCACAGAUAGCUCAGUUGGUUAGAGCAGGGGUCAGCAAACGUUUUCAGCAGAGAGCCGGUCCACUGUCCCUCAGACCUUGUGUGGGGGCAGACUAUAUUUUUUGGGGGGGAUGAACGAAUACCUAUGCCCCACAAAUAACCCAGAGAUGCAUUUUAAAUAAAAGCGCACAUUCUGCUCUUGUAAAAGCACGCUGAUUCCCAGACAGUCCAUGGGCCAGAUUUAGAAGGCAAUUGGGCCGGAUCCAGCCCCCGGCCUUAGUUUGCCUAUCCAUGGGUUAGAGCGUGGUGCCGAUAAUGCCAAGGUUGCAGGUUCGAUCCCCGUAUGGGACAGCUGCAUAUUCCUGCACUGAAAGGGAGUUGGGCUUGAUGAUCCUCAGGGUCCCUUCCAACUCUACAGUUCUAUGAUUCUAUGUGCACAUAGUCCUUCUGACCCACAGGCAGAAAUGUGCAUGUACGGGCAUGGCUGGUGUUGAUGUGGAUCCCAAUGGAUGGGUUGGAUGCAAUAUGGAUGGCAUUCACAACUGCCCCUGGAUGGACCUACUGUAGAUGGGGCCAAGAUUUUCAAGCAGCCCCAGCUGCUUUCUCGCCCUGUCAGUUGGCUACUUCUUUCUUUCUUUGCACUCUCUUUUCCCUAUUUAAUCUCAUUUGUAUCAGCCCAUUGAAGUAGGUGGACAUUUGCUCUCUGAAUCACCCAAUUAAAGGUUUCAAUCCAAUACGCAUCCCGGUGAAGUAUGUGCUGGUUUCUGCCUUAACCUUUGACAAAUAGAAAACUUGGUUCUCCCUGUGAGUCAGUGUGUGGUAUAGUGUCAGAAGAGCACUGGACUCAGGUUUGGUGUUCAAAUCUCUGCACAACCACAGAAACCACAGGGUGUCAGACUUGGAUCAUGUGGAGUUGAGAAUGAAGAAAAAGGAGGACAGCAAAUAAGAAGUCCCUUAGUUCUUCAGGUCAGAGAGUAUCACCUGACCUAGUCUUUCACCUGGUCUGUUAGGAUAAGGAAAUCAUUUGUCUGUUCUUUGCGCAGUUCCAUCUUUUGGCCAAGCCUGAAUUUGAUCACACAGGUUGAAUCCUUGCCUGACGGCCCUCAGGUCACAACUUCAGGACUUGUUCCGUGCUCAGAGCCUCAUCCCUAGUGACCUUGGGCCAAUUACUAACUCUCACCAGAUCCUACUUUGCAAGGCUGUUGUGAGACUAUUUCCCUAAAUUAUUUUGGAAGGUGGGAGGGAUAGUUGGGUGAGAAAUAAAGGCACUGUUUCUUGAGUUACAAAGUGGAUUUUCUAAGACCUGUGUGAAAUACUGUUAACAUUGUUCUCUCUUCUCCCCCUUCGCUCCACAACUUUGCCCCCACAGAACGACGAAAUCUUAGUUACAGAAGGGCAGCUUUUCGGAAGGUACCAGGGCUGCUGCAUCAAAGUUCUCGACAAGGGAAAUAAGGUGAAAAGGACUAUAGGCCCGCGGUACGGGCGUGUUCAUACCUUUGAAAACCCUUCUGGCAUCUGUGAGGAUGGGCACGGGAACAUCUUCGUAUCCGACGAAGGAGAAAACUGCAUUGUGAUGUUUAAUCCCGACUCAUCCCUCAGUACUGUAUUGGUGAACGAGGGCCUGCUAGGACCAAGCGGACUCUCCAUGCUGGACCAUGGGAUGAUAGCUGUCACCGACUGCUACAACCACUGUGUUAAAAUCUAUCGGUACAAAUGAGCAAGUCGCCCCUUCAAUGAGCAAGGGAACUCACUGGAAUAAACACAGCUGACUCUCUGCCUUCCCA